AUGGACAUGUCGGAUAUCAAAGACCGACCACGCGAGCAACAAAUAGACAUCAUAAGGCGGCUGCGGCAUGGGCUCAGAGCCAGCCGAUUUGCGGGAAUCGAGCAGACAGACUGGAAACUUGAUCAGAUUUUGUGCCCUCCAAACCCCGAGAAUCCCACCUUUGCCCCUGAUAUCGUAUUCGUUGAUUUUGCAUUUGCUCUGCAGAACUGGGGCGAGGUAAUGGGAUGCCCUCUCCACCGUGAACCCGGAGCGCUUGCGUCCGCACUACGCGCAUGGGGAGUUGAUCGUGAAAUCAUGGAGUCCUGUUGGUUCGAAGCCACCGAGGAAGAGUACUGA